AGCCACAGAACAGAGAAUCACCGAACUCCCAGCGAGGAACCACAUCCGGCACCGACUCAUCAAAGAAUCGCACCACAGUCAGGCAUAACAGGCGCUGUGACUCCCUUGAAAGAAGAACGCCGCUCAGCAUUUUGUAUGGAUCGGAUUCUGGACUUGGAUCAGGAAAACCCUGGGAAGAGUCUGAAACUCCACCGACCCUGGACAGAAUUUGAAGCAGAGAGAGGGAGCAGAGAGAAAAGUUUCUGCUGUAAGCAAAACAUUCGUGGAACUCCGCUACAGAACCGAACCGGACCCAAACUGAGCUGGUAUACUGGACGACGGCCGCGCACGGCCUUCAGCAGCAGCCAGGUGAAGGCUCUGGAGACGGUGUUCCGAGUCGAUUGCUAUCCAGGGAUCCAGCUGAGGGAGCAGCUGGCGGGGAGGCUGGAUCUGGAUGAGGACCGAAUCCAGAUAUGGUUCCAGAACAGACGAGCAAAACUGAGGCGUUCACUCAGAGAAAACCGACUGCAGCUGGUUCAGACGGCCAUGAAGGAGCUGAAAAUGAGGCCGGAGACUGGAGAGCACCAAGAGGAGCCGCCGCGUCGCCUUCCUCCUCACUUUGAUGCAGAGGAUGAGUGAUCAAGUUCUCACUGUCUGCAGAAGGCGCUCGCAUGGCUGCUUCAUUCUUCCGUCAACACAAUUU